GGAUUUCCCAGCAGAUCGUCGUCGUCACAGUCCAAGUCGUAGUCGUAAUCUCCAUAUUUUGCACUUUGGCUGCUGCUGGCUGGUUGAGUGUGUACAAUAUUUGCCAGUCGCAGUAGUAGGUCGUGAUUUUCCUAUGCACAACAGCUCUCAAACUGUGCAAAGUCGCGUUCUCGUGAUUAAAAUUUGAAAUUUUCUCCUCCCCGGGAGCCACUGGCAGUAGGCCACUCUACGGCCUCAGAGCUACGACAACACGGAACUCAUCCCAGCAAUCAUUGCGAGUUGCUGCAGUCGUAGUCGUCCCGCGGAUCUACGGGAACGAACGAAGAAGGACGGACAUCUUGUUGCUUUGUUUUAAGUUUAUUUUAUUUUGAGUUGCACGCAGAGCGGCAACCCCUCUCCACCGAAUCCGGAAUCCGGUGUGUCCACAUCCAAUCGUUUUUUUUGUGACCCAGAACCAGCAGCAGCAGCAUGGCGUCCAGUCCGCGAGCCGGUGGCGGUGGUGCACAGCGACCGAACGGCGCCACACAGAACAAAAUCUGCCAGUUCAAGCUGGUCCUGCUGGGCGAGUCGGCGGUCGGCAAGUCCUCGCUGGUGUUACGGUUCGUCAAGGGUCAGUUCCACGAGUACCAGGAGAGCACGAUCGGGGCCGCGUUUCUCACGCAGACAGUCUGCAUCGACGACACGACGGUCAAGUUCGAGAUCUGGGACACGGCCGGACAGGAACGGUACCACAGUCUCGCCCCAAUGUAUUACCGAGGUGCUCAGGCAGCCAUCGUUGUCUACGAUAUUCAGAACCAGGACAGCUUUGCACGUGCUAAAACGUGGGUCAAAGAGCUUCAGCGACAGGCAUCGCCGAACAUUGUGAUUGCGCUGGCCGGCAACAAGGCCGAUCUCGCCAACAGUCGCGUCGUCGACUACGAGGAGGCUAAGCAAUACGCGGACGACAACGGGCUGCUGUUCAUGGAGACGUCGGCCAAGACCGCCGUGAACGUGAACGACAUCUUUCUUGCAAUAGCUAAAAAAUUGCCUAAGAACGAGGGCACUGGACCACAGCAAAACAUAAGACCUACUCAGAACGAACAGAGCCGACAGAACAGCGGAUGCUGCAGCAAGUGAUGUUUUUCAGCUGAAACCGUCUUGUUAACUGUAGAACCAGUUAGCAACAAAACCAACACGAAGGAGGAAUGUUUGAGAGGAGAAAUUAUCGUCAUGAUGGUGGUUAUGGCGAUGUUGGCGUCGUCGUCGUCGUUGGCAGUAGGAUUUAAGACCGAUUCCAAACUAGUUAUGCUAUACCAAGAACAACAGUAAAACAACAACACAACAACAACUAAAUAUUUCAGACAUUUACACAGAACACAUUCACACCAACAACAACAGAUGAAACAAACACAGAUCUUUAGUGGAUUGCAGCAAAAAUUAAGAUUGAAAAAUUAUUUGAACCCCUUUUUCAAGCAGAUACAUUAAUUUUAGACACUAAUCUAAAAAUACACAAUACACACACACUCACAUCAUCGGAUAAUUGUAAAAACAAAUGCAAAGCAUUAGUGCUUUGUUUGAGAAGAUGAUGUGUCGAACACAACAAUAGCAAAGGCAUGCAAAACAAAAGUUUAUGAAUAUAACUUUACCAACAAUUGUAAUAAAACAAAACAAAAAAUAGUGCAACUCAUUCAACUGAAAACAACUUAGAAUCAGCGCCAGACAGCUGCAAGCCCCUCCCUCCCGUUCUUGUUCUUCUUCUAUGAAUAGAGAGAUAUUUUUUUCCGUUUCCGUUAGCUCCGCCCCCACUCCGCACUCACACACUCACACAAAUCCGCUCUAGAGGUUGCUUUUCUCAUUUGCCACUCCCCCUCCGCACCAAACAACCAAACUGACCCCUCCUCCUACCCCCCUCUGAUAGAUAAAUACGUUUUUUCGCUCCUUCCUUACAAACGCUCUAAUGUAAUCAAUUCUUCGUGGAAAUAUAUUUAUUGCUAAACUAAACAAGUAAAACAAAUCCUUAAAUAUAUGAAUAUAUUUAAUGAAACAAAAAAAAAACAACAUUACGAUAUCAAUAAAAUACAGAAAAAAAAGGAAACCAACCAACCAAGAGCUACGACGAAGUGUGAAAAUGGUAUUUAGAGAAAACAAAACAAAAAACUAGAAGAAAAAAUACCACCAAACGAAUUCGGUGAAAAGGAAAACAAUAGAAGAAAACAAACAAACUAAACUUACACAAUUUGUGCAUCUGUAGAGUUAUCGAAAGGAUAAGAUUCCCGCCCCGUUCUCCCCUAUAUUUGUUAUGAAAAUGUUUAUUUUUCGGCACGCAAAGAAUGGUUUUUAUUUUAUGAUUGUUCGUAACCAUUUGUAUGAAAUUACUGGUGAGGCAAACCGGAGGAAAAUACCGUAACUUUCAAUGAGUUCUACUAUAGCAUUUACACGUAAAAAAACACGCCAAACUCUUUGGUCAAGACGAUGGCAAAAAAAUGAAACAAUUAAAUUGUGCUGCACUGUAUUUUUGAAAAAUCGAACAAACACAAGUUCGCCACUUUUGAAAGAUUGCGCAGAGAAAGAGAGAGAAAAAAAUACCCCAGAAAAAAAACGAUAUCAAUCGGUGUGAUGAGCGAGUAUAAAACAAGUUGAUAAAGUGAUCUUUUUCUAUAUAAAUAUGUUUUCAGUAAUUAAUGAGAGAGGAAAGAAAUAAAAAAAAAACUAUGAUCAAAUAUUUAAAGUAUAUGAAUAAUGCAAACGUCAAAAAAUCUUCAUUUUCUGACCGUCUCAACAUUUGUCCCCAGAGAGAAAAGAGAGAAGUAAACGAAAUUGGUUCGCACGCGGCAAACGUUUAAUUUUCGCCGUUCCCUUAUCUUCUUGUGUAGUGUUAAAUUGUAACAAAAUAAUAAAACAAGAGAUUUAAGCAAAAAUUGCAAUUACCAGCAGAAACAAAAAAAAAACAA